CAGCUCGCAGGUUGCGUCUGGAUUACUUCAGAGCUUAAAGAGUAUUUUAACCUAAUGCGCUCCUUAUCAGUAAUAAAACAUGUUUCAAUUAUUUUGUUGUAGAACAAGCAUUACUGCUUCUGGGCGGUCAUUGGUGUUGUACACUCGGUGCAAUAUAACUGCAGAAACAUGGAAAUUUUCACGGGGGUAUAAAACUCCAGGAUCUAAAACUUACAGCUCCUCACAUCAACCUGGAAAUGCAGUCACUCGUUUUUUGAGCCUCACCAGUCGAGCUGUCCGCCAGUCCACCACCCAGACAUCCAAAUCCCCAGGAGUGUCUCUGAAGUUUAUCCUGGGACCAGCAGUACUCACUGUCUCUGCACGUCUGUUUUGCCAUGUCGCCUACUGCGAGGCAGAUGAGAAUAACAACGUCCCUGUGGAAGUUGUCGCCAAAAACCCAGUGCCUGACUUCAAAUGGCAUAUCCUGUGGGAAUUCGUCAAACCUCAAAUGUUUGCUCUCAUCGGAGCUGUGGUGCUGGCUUUUGGUGCAGCCAUCCUAAAUAUUCAAAUCCCACUGAUGCUUGGGGAUCUGGUGAAUGUUGUGGCACGUUUCCUGAGAGAACAAACAAGAAGUUAUGUCCAGGAGAUAAAGGGCCCUGCACUAAAAUUACUAGGGCUUUAUGCCAUCCAGGGCCUGCUGACAAGUGGCUACAUCAUCCUGCUUUCAAGAGUGGGGGAGAGAGUGGCAGCAGACAUGAGGAAGACACUUUUUGCAUCCUUACUCAGGCAAGAUGUGGCUUUCUUUGAUGCCAAUAAAACUGGUCAGCUGGUGAACCGUUUGACUGCUGAUAUUCAGGAAUUCAAGUCAUCCUUUAAGUUGGUCAUCUCUCAGGGUCUGCGGAGUAUCACACAGACAGUUGGAUGCUUUGUCUCUCUCUAUGUCAUCUCCCCCAAACUGACAGGUCUGACAGUCGUGGUCCUCCCCUGUCUGGUGGGAGCAGGGGCCCUCAUUGGCUCAUUCCUUCGUAAACUGUCCCGUUUGGCUCAAGAACAGGUUGCAAAAGCGACAGGAGUGGCGGACGAGGCCCUGGGCAAUGUGCGGACAGUGAAAGCCUUUGCAAUGGAAGAAAGGGAGCUCCAGUUAUAUGCCUACGAAGUUGACAAAUCAUGUGAAAUGAAUGAAAAUCUUGGCACUGGAAUUGCAGUCUUCCAAGGACUAUCAAACAUUGCACUAAACUGCAUUGUACUUGGAACUAUUUUUGCUGGAGGGACUCUAAUUUCAAGCAAUGAAAUGUCUCCUGGAGACCUUAUGUCCUUUUUGGUUGCUUCUCAGACUGUCCAGAGGUCACUGGCAAGUAUCUCAAUCCUUUUUGGGCAGAUGGUGAGAGGAAUAAGCUCUGGUGCUCGGGUUUUUGAAUACCUCGCUCUAAAGCCAACUAUCCCGCUCUCUGGAGGAGGACGCAUUCCCUCCCACUCUUUGACAGGAAGAGUGGACUUUAUGAAUAUUUCCUUCAGUUAUCCAACAAGACCAGGCCAACAGGUCUUGGACAAGUUUAAUUUAACGCUGCCUCCAUGUAAAACUGUAGCUAUUGUUGGAGAAUCUGGAGGCGGAAAGUCAACCGUGGCGUCCUUACUGGAGCGUUUCUAUGACCCAACAAAUGGCGUCAUCAUGUUAGACGGACUGGACAUCCGAACUCUUGAUCUGUCCUGGCUGAGGGGGCAAGUCAUUGGAUUCAUCAAUCAGGAGCCGGUUUUGUUCGGGUCAUCCAUCAUGGAGAACAUUCGCUUCGGGAUGCCUGAAGCCACAGAUGCUGAGGUUAUUUCUGCAGCUAAGCAAGCCAAUGCUCAUGGCUUCAUAACAGCGUUCCCAGACGGAUACAACACUGUAGUUGGUGAGCGAGGUGUGACUUUAUCAGGAGGCCAGAAGCAGCGCAUUGCCAUCGCCCGGGCCUUGAUCAAAAACCCUAACAUCCUGGUGCUGGAUGAAGCCACCAGCGCCCUAGAUGCAGAAUCAGAGCGGGUGGUGCAGGAGGCUCUGGACAGGGCCACAAGGGGUCGCACUGUGCUUAUCAUCGCCCACCGACUGAGCACCAUCCAGGGCGCUGAUCUCAUUUGUGUAAUGAGUAAUGGCCGCAUUGUGGAAGCUGGGACUCAUCUUGAACUGCUGGGCAAAGGAGGACUUUAUUCUGAUCUGAUCCGCAGGCAAAGAACAGAGGGGAAGAAAUGAGCACACCAAAAUUUGUUUACUUAGAUCUGCAGACACUAAUGAGAUGUCUUUUUUUUUAAAUUAAGUGUAUAGGCAAGACUCAAAAAACAGAUAAAUUAUAUAAGAAUAAAGCAUAAAUCAACCAGAUUUAGUUUUAUGAGAGUAUGUCAAAUGUAGGUAUGUAAAUGUAUAAGUGGACCAACUAGAUCAGCCUCCUGUAAUGAAAAACCUUCACAAUUGUACAGUAUUUAACUUAAAGAGGGGUUUCUGUCAUUGUUUUCUCUGAACCAGUUGAAUUACAUGUUAAAAUAUUG